AAAGUUUAUUUCGGAAGAAAAUGCUGUCGCCGGUGCCACUUCGGGGAUUCCUCCGUCCCUACAAGAUAUAAAAGCCUCGUCCUGUGCUCCCUCGUUUCUCUCCGUCGAUCUCGGCUUGGCCUCGGGUGAAUCCGUGGAAUUAGAAUUGGGCUUAGGGUUAGGGCUCCGGAGGGGGCGAAGAUGCUGCAGAACCGGAAGGUGACGCCCAAUCUUGAUCAGCAGAGCACCAAAGCCCUCAAUCUCAUUGUCCUCCAGCGCGGCGACCCCUUCGUGGAGGAGAUCCUGAUGACCGCCACCCACGUCACCUUGUACGAGUUCAGCAUCGACCUCAACCAAUGGAGCCGGAAGGAUGUUGAGGGAUCGCUCUUUGUCGUGAAGAGGAACACGCAACCUAGAUUUCAAUUCAUUGUCAUGAAUCGACGCAAUGCAGAUAAUUUGGUGGAAGAUCUAUUGGGAGAUUUUGAAUAUGAAGUCCAGGUUCCAUAUCUCUUAUAUCGAAAUGCUGCUCAAGAAGUAAAUGGUAUAUGGUUUUAUGAUUCACAUGACUGUGAAUCAGUAGCAAAUCUUUUCAGCAGAAUCCUUAAUGCUUAUUCCAAAGUACCUCCAAAGCCUAAAGUACCAUUGACUAAAAGUGAGUUUGAAGAGCUCGAAGCAGUGCCUAGUUUAUCAAUUACUGAAGGCCCUUUUGAGCCUCCACCUUCGUGUGCUGCUGCACCAAUUAAUGACGUCCAAGAUGAUCUCUCUGUCUUCUUCAGUGCUGCUAUGAAUGUUGGAAAUGCAACCAUAUCAGGGCAAUUCCCACUUCCUUCUGCAGCUAUUCCUGUAUCUUCCCACAUAUCAAGUGUCAUUCCAACUGCAUUGCCAACAAUACAGUCUGCACCCGUUCCAAUAUCCGCCACCCCCAUUCCAAUAUCCACCACGCCUUUGAUGCUUCCCAUUGAUACUAAUGAAUCUAGCAUUGGAAGCAGUAAGCUUGCUGCAAAUCUUGUGAAACCUUCAUUUUUUUCGCCAAUGCCAUCUUCAUCUGCAUUGGUAAUGCCUCCUAUAUCAUCUUCCGUGCCAACUGUUCCACCAAUCCAUCCUCCAGUGACUAUGCAGCGACCAUAUGGCACUCCGUUACGUCAGCCUUUUCCACCACCUACUCCCUCUGCAUCUUUAACUCCUGCUCCAAAUUAUGGCCCAGUCAUUACACGAGAUAAAGUCCGUGAUGCAUUCUUGAGACUUGUGCAGAAUAAUGAUUUCAUCGACAUGGUAUAUCGGGAGAUGCUGAAUGUGCAUUAUCCUUGACAGACAGGAUUGUGCUUGCUGGCAUGCAGCCAUUUUCUCUGUGAACGAGUGGGCUACUGUAAAUAUUCCAAAUCAUAGGUAAUGUCAUUAGAACUUUUUUUUGUUUCUAUUAUCUGUGGUUGUGAAGAAUUAAGACUAAAAUUUUUGGUUUGGUGUGGUUUGGCUUUUGGUCUGUCAUAGUUCGGAAAUGCCCGUACUGGCAUCUGUAAGCAUAAACUUCAGCCGUCUUCACUCAAGUGGAUUAUUAGAUAUCAUUUCUGUAAUGCGGAUUUUUUGGUAAAAGAGAUUUUGGUAAUAUAAUAACAUUCUCUCUUUUUCUUUUUC